UUGAUCGACACUAAAGGCGCAUGGAGUUUCCGAAUCUUGGUAAUAGGAAAGACCGGUGUCGGAAAGUCUUCACUGAUCAAUCAGGCAUUCGGAGUAGAAGAAGCUCUUACCUCACAUGACCGGCCGGGCGACGCCAACAUCAAUACCGAGUUUAUCUCAGAACAGAACGAUAGGUUUGCUCUCCAUGACAGCAAAGGUUUUGAACCGGGGGAAGAAGACAACGUCAAAAUCGUCCAAGAUUUUAUUCAACAUCGGAGAUUUGAGCCUGCUUUGAAAGAUCAACUGCAUGCUGUUUGGCUUUGCUUUGAAAUACCCCGUGCUGGCGGGCGUUUACUGGAGACUGGCACAGAGACGUUUCUCACACUGAAGCGUGAUGGAAAGCUAGGAAACAUACCAGUGGUCGUCGUUCUCACCAAAUACGAUAUGCUCCUCGACCGCGUGGAGCGUACUCUGGAUAACUCCUCUCUCAAAAGGUUGAGGGAGGACGCCCUCAAGAAACUUGUCAAGAAAAAAGCAGAUGCUGAGCUGAAAGAUAUUUGCAUCCGACCCCUACAGAAAUUUGCCGGGCGUCAUAUACCCCACGCUGCAAUAUCUACCAAAGGACGACAUAAGGAAACACUGGCCCCUCUGAUCCAGAUGACCGAAAACCUUGUCCGUCAGCACUUUGCGCCCGAGGCCUCGGUGAUGACCUCCAUCGCCCAGCGAGUAGACCCCAGACUCAAAAUAAAUGCAUCAAUUGAGGUCGGCAAGAGAAGAUAUUGGAAAGUGUUGGUAUCAAGCGCAGCAUUCAAGAACUGUGUGGUACAGGACUGUCUGAAUGUGCUUCACACUGACAUCGUUGCUGUGUGGAACUUCCACGACCCUCAUUGUCACUUGCACAGCAAAGAGUUCAGGACAUUGAUCGUGAACAUGGUCGAUAAGCUAGAUGAUGAACCAGCCAAUCCUGCCCAGACCAUUGCUAUUGGGCUCCCCAUCGUGGGUACUAUUGCAGGCAUUAUGUCUGCGCUGGCGGGACCUGCGGCUCCCAUCGUGGUACCGAUCGCAGCAAGUGUUGUUCUUGCCUUAUGGGUUCGCGAUGUCCAUGUGGUGCUUAGGCGCUUCAUGUGCUACCUCAUCGACUUAACCCUGGUGUUGCAAACACUUUAUCUCGUGUCAGAAAGCCAUGAACUAUCUCGCAGGGCUAUCAAGCUUGCCGUCGCUUCUUACCUUGCCUCACCAAUGAGCGGAGAAGUUCACACCAAGAUUCAGGAGUAUGAUAGGGGAUUGACGUUCCUUGAACAUGCAGAUCGCAACACAUUGGAUAAAAUAAUCGAGCUGAUGCAAUUCUAUAGCAUCGGUGCAGAAAGAAUUUCCGAACUUCAGGCACAGAUUCCAGCUGUGGGUUUGUUUUUGGAUGAACCAUGGGAAGUCAAGAAGCUGUAG